UCGCUUUCACGGAUCCUCCAGGUUGGAAACAAAGGCCUUCGAUUGCUUUUAAAUUUCCUUCAAUUUUUCAUUCACUUUUGUUACAGAAACCUGCGGAAGCUUAAUUAAGAGUAAUUCGAUGCCAAGGCAAUUACCGUAAAGAAAAAAGAAAAUUGGUAUUUCCUAAAACUCCCAACUACAUCGGAACUUCCCAAAGUUUAAUAAUCUGCGAAACAGUCAUCAACAUAGUUGCACUUCAUCUAACGAAGUUGAACAAGCAAUAUCAGGAAGUUUAUCCCUUAACAGUUUAUCGAUCUCACGAGAAAUUUGUCCAACACGAAGCAGCUAAUUUCUCCCAACGUAUCUUUCUAAUUUUUCUCAAGCUCCUCCUUAAAGUCCUUCCAUUGUCUUUCAGGGAAACUUCGUAACGAGUCCCGACGGCCUUUUUCCCGGGGACACGACCCAAUUUUCCGUGCCUUGCGACUUCCAGACUCUUCGGUAUCGACAGUUCGAAGAAUCAAGCCAUCUGCUACGUUUACCUUUUCUCGCCUCUCCCCGACAGAUCGACGAUCUCGAAAGCUGAAUACCUAAUCAAAAUUUAACGACAUACACCGUUGUGUUUGACGUCGUCGUUCGGAGGCUCGUGUAAAGUCGAGCAAAACGAGCUGAUCUAAUUUUCACACCUAUUCGUACGAAUUAGUCAACAAUGUCACCAGGUGUUAAAAAUUGUGCCACGGAAAUUUAGAAACGAUCAUUAUGGCGGUAUAGAGGAAAGAGGGAGCUGUCCUUGGAGUUGUCUAAAAGCAAAAACUGAAGAGUCGUAACACGUUUCUGAGAUGUCAACGCGAGCGCUAGCGGUGGCAGUAAUUAGCACGGUGGCUCCUUACGGUCGUUCGACCGUCAGCCUGUUAAUUGUUUGUCAAACAAGGCGCGAAGGAACACGGGGAGCGUUAAUGAACUUGACAAUGGCCGGUCUGCUCUCGAAAUGCAAUAAUAACGGUCGUUUGACACUGGUCCGGGUGUCAUUCGUCGCGAAGACAUCACCGAGAAGCAAGUGGGUACCGAGUACCGAUAUGAAUCUAACCGGAGGUUACAUUCUCCUUUUAAUACUGUGUAUUUUGGCGAGCGAUUAUGGGGUCAGUUCUGACCAAAACACUCGUUUAUCAAGAAGGAAACGAUACGUGGUUUUUCCCGAAGGUUCCACCUUCUCGAUCGCCCUUUGCGUGACGUUUAACACCCUAUCGUCCGAUGACAUCUUCUCCGAGGGUGUUAACUGGGGUAUCGCGUACGAUUUACCGAACGAAAGUAAGCCAGCCCUCGAGCCGUUUUUACAGCUCAGACAAGACAAAAUUAAACCGGCCAACAAAUACGGCUACGCGAACGGUCCGCUAAACAAAAACGUCGUAAAGUAUCCGCAAUGGAACAGCAACGAGAAAUAUUACGUGAAACCCGGGAAAAGGAAGUACUACAAGCAGGAUUACUAUUAUCUGCAGAGAAGACACCGGAGGGAUCUGUAUAGCAAGCUAGAAGUCAUCAUGAACGCGAUGAAUUUCGACGGCAGAACUUGCAUACUUCGAGCACUCUGCGAGGCCUCCCAGCGGCUGAUGCCGAAGGGGAACACUCUCAUCGAGGAGAUGAUGAGGAUAUCGUUUUUGUUUCCUCUGAAGAAGCUGUUCUCCGGCGAGCCCGAGGAGCAUCACGCGUACAGCAGGGCGCACAAGGCGGGCCACGAAGGUCACGACUGCGCCAGCACCUUCUCCAGCUGCAGUUUCUCCCUGAUAGACAUGGCACUCGGGAAAUACGACGCGUCUAGGUCACCACCACCUUCGCUUCCGGCCGACUACGCAGAUGCAACUCGGUUUUCCAACGAAAGGAUCAGGUACAACAUGAAAUAAGACGUCGACAUCCGGAUGGAAGAACUAGGGACACGUAUUUCGGAGGAAUCCUGUCCGACAGUCGGUUCGAUUUAUCGAUGAAAGACUUCCUGCUAUCGGUAGUUUUAGUCACAGAAAUUACAGAAAGCACAGUUUCUUGAAGAGCAGCAAGAUUUAGGAGGAGUCUGAUGAAGAGAACCAAUGGACAUCCAAAGACUAUGAUGACAAUGAUGAUGAAUAAUUAAAGCUGGGAUAGUUGGAGGAUCAUUCAGGAUGAUGCAUCGAGUAGGACAGAGACUAUAAUUGCAAUAAAAAUGAAGGAAGAAAGAGGUAUGAGAGGAGAAAGGUAAUACAGUACAAUGGGGGGACUGGAGUGUUUCACCUCUAGGUCUAUCAAUUUGAGAAGUCAUUCUGAACAGGACAUCCAAAGACUAUAAUAGAGAGGAGAAAGGUGGAGUGAAUGGGGAGUCAUCCCUCAAGGCAUCAAAAACAAAGAUGAAGAGAAACACUGAAGAACUGGGUCAUAGCAUCAUAAUAUCUAAUUAUGCUAAUAUCAGUUACGUUUUAAUAAUGAUCAUUUUCAAGUGACAUUCAAUUCAGGGGAAAAGAGAAGAAGUGAAAAGGGGUAGAAGAAAGGUGGUACGCUUUAAAAAACGUGGGGAGCUGAUGCGAGUUACUCGAGGCACUCAUAAAAACGACGAUAAUCCAUAAGAUAGCAGCGUGCAGUGCUACAUUUUCGGUAAUUGGAUGUGCUUACCCAUCGAAGCGGAUGGGAGGGGUUGAACAUGAAAUAAGCGUGUGUCGGGAGGUGAAGGGCGGAUAAGGGGAUCCGCCGUGGCAUCCGCCAGUUCACCGGCUCGGCGAUAAUAACGAUUCUUUGUAAUAUUGUUGCACCAGACGCCAGUAUAUUCGACGUAAUAGGAUUAGGUCGCGCGUCGGAGCGAACAUUAUCCGAAAUCGGGAAAACUGUUUCGAACACUCGGCUGCAGACGUUCGUGUGAAUAAGUCGGCUUUACUCGCGUCGCGUGGUUUCUCCAUUUGCAUGAUCGCCGACCUUCUGCUGUAUUAUGCAUCACCAUUCGACCCGGUGUUGGUGUGCAAAAAUCCUACGUACCAUUUAGUGAAAUUAGUUAUAAAAUAAGGUAAAGAAAAUUUGCGAUAUUAGAAUAGAACUCGCGAGUAUCUAAAGUCAGUAGAAUAGCCUUGAAUUUGGUCAGACAUAUUGCGUUCGAAGUUCGCAAAGUAAGCAUCCGAUGUCUAUAGACGGGAAACGAGGCGGAACGAGACUCCUCCGCAGUCUGACAAGUUACACCAGAGUCCAUAUGUAAUAAGCGAAAUAGAAUGACUCUGUAUACACUCCGAGUUGUGUGUACUUUACGUAAUAGCGCGCUUGUAAAUAGCCGCGCGAGUAGGACACGGUCGACGUUGGUGAAUCUACGCGUAAGUAGAAUCAGAUAUAUUUAUUGUUAGAGCAGUUUUCUGUCCAUGAAUACCAUUUGUAAAUAAUAUUUCGAGUCCUCAAGAUCAUAUGAUAGAGUUUUGAAGAUGUUAAUAUAAGAAAAAUAUGAUAACUGUCGUUGUUAAUGUUCGCUAUCGAACGGCGGACCAUGGAGAGAGACCGAAAUUCGGUAAAUCUUUGCAAAUCGACUCUUAAUCAUGGAACUAGGAGGAUUAAAAUAAAUAUCAGGUGGAAUAUCGAUAAAAUAAUCUCGUUAGCCGGUUAUCAUCAAUUGGACGAAUAAAAUUCAGUAAGAGUGAGGAGAUAUCGAUUCGAUGACAGUGACACCGCCCCAGUUCGCGGGCCAAGCAGGGCGUGGUGUAGACCGCUUAUAACAACCCUCUUUUUCCACGACACUACCGAUUCCGUACGGUUAACCACAAUUCCCUUCGGUGAAAAAGAAAAAAGCAAGAGCUACUCGUCGCUCAUUUUUUUCUUUUCUCUCUCCUCCCUCUCGUCACGGUUUUCAACGACGGGUCCCGUUGUAUCCCGAGACGUCGGUUUUAAUGCAUAAGACGCUCCUUUGAAAAGCGUAUUUUCCAAAUUACCAGAUUACUCACAGCUAGCUGAAAAGCAUUCAGACACAAUGCUUCUAUAAUUGAAACGUAUCAGCUGCCUAGCUUCGGUACAUUUAAUUCGCUUGUUGAUACGUUCCCCUUUUAAGCUCCUUUCCCUUCGUCGAACAAGCUUCUUUAUGUGUUUUCUUUUGAAGGAAGUUAU